UGAAUUCUGAACAAAAGAAAAUGACUUUUUAACAAGAUUGUUAAAUUUCGAACAAAAUAAUAAUUCUUUGGUGUACAGCGGGUUGCCGAAAACUAACAUAUUCGUCAAACAUAACCUCAAAACUAACCUUUAAUACCCUCUAGUAUAUAUUUACAUUAUUCAAAUAACAUGGAAAAUAAGACAAUAAAUCAAAAUUUUCUGAAAAUCGAUUCCUUUGUCAAGAAUUUUAAAUCUGAAACCGGUUUAAAGUUUGAACCCGACCGCGCAAAUUCAACAGCUGUUUGCACUCGUUUGGACUACCGUUGACCAAAGUUAUCCCUUGACACCAGCGAUCGAUAAAAAGCUGUCAGCUCCGGGAUCCCCUGAAUUCUAAAACUCGUUCAACGUUUUUAUCUAACCCUUGGACCACCUGUUAAAUCUUUUUUCUCGUCCCCACUUGAGCCGAAAACCUUGCAAUUCUCAAGUUUUCUAAGUCGUGCAAGAUAUCGUCAACAGCGCCAUGUCCCACCAUGUCCUCCUGUGGACCAAUCAGCUGCCGCAAACAUAUAUCAGUGUCGCAAACGAAUGACAACAAAAGAGACUGAUAGUGUAUACUCGCGAGUGCGUUUUUCGCCGAAGUUUUUCGUUUUUCGCCGAGGAUAACGUCGCGUCGUAGCGGUGAAAGUGUUCGAAGAAUAUGAAGAGAAGAAAUGCUGAGUGCGGCAAGCUCCGGAGACCCUUAAAACGCAACAAGAUCACUGAAGGAAUCUACGGAAGUACUUUACUUUACUUAAAGUUUCUUCUGCUAUGGGCCAUGGUGAUUUUAGCAGACUUCAUUUUAGAAUUCCGUUUUGAAUUUUUGUGGCCUUUUUGGCUCCUACUUCGAAGUGUCUACGAUUCUUUUAAGUAUCAAGGCUUGGCCUUUUCCGUAUUUUUUAUUUGUAUCGCACUCACAUCAGACAUGAUUUGCUUCUUUUUCAUCCCAGUACACUGGCUUUUCUUUGCUGCCAGUACAUACGUUUGGGUGCAGUAUGUUUGGCACACAGACAAAGGCGUUUGCCUGCCAACUGUGAUGCUAUGGCUGCUGUUUCUUUAUAUAGAGGCAGCAGUUCGAUUAAGAGACCUACGGCACAUGCCAUUUCAUUUAGAUCUCUGUAGGCCAUUUGCUGCUCACUGCAUUGGUUAUCCUGUAGUCACAUUAGGGUUUGGUUUUAAAAGUUACAUAGGAUACAGAAUGAGACAGAGAAAACAAAAAGACGUAGCGAAGGAGAACGAGUUCUACCUGCAGCUAUUACAGCAGGCAUUGCCUGCUGAGCAGCAGGCUGCAAAUAUGCAGCAAAUACAGCCACAAGUGCAGUUGCAAGCACAGCUUGCAGCGGCGCCUCUGGAGCAACAUUCAAAAUCACAGCCUCACAGGCCAAAUUCGCAGUACAACCAAAGUCCAGAAAAAAGUAGAGGUAGGCCUGGUGGCUCGACAGCAGAAACGGGCUUACAAAAUGGUUGCAUUCACAAUGGCACACAGACUGUGUCGCAAGCACAAAGUACAGCGACGAAAAAUAUUCACAGAAAGUCUCUGGAUAAGGGGGAGAAACAAGAGGACCAACAACACAACAAACAGAAUAGCAGUGUCUCACAGUCGGAAAAAAACGACAAGAGAUUCGUGCACACAAAUGGGUCUGCAGUUUCGUCUAGCGAUCUCCAAUUUAUCGAAAGAAUUGGCUCUGUUAAUGACUUCGAUGUAAAUGAAGUCGAGAAGGACAAAUCGGUGAAGGGAGGUUCGGGACACACGUCUGUGAAAACACAGUCGAAUGGCUCGACCACGGGAAAAUGGAACAACGUGAAGGAAAGUCGAGAUUCCUCGGCGACGAAUAACCAGCGAGAACGCAAGGGUCGUCAGUCGAAAAUCACGAGCGACGUCAUAUCGGAAAACCAAAAGCAACAGGACGAAUAUUGCCAGAGGUUAUUAAUUUGUCGAAAGCUUGAGGCGGACGUGAAACGUUUAAAGUCAGACUUACAGUCUAGCAGACAAGUUGAACAGGAGCUUCGGUCGCAAAUUAAUACGUUAAUGAGCGGCGAAAGACAAGCCAAAAGCGAGCUUCAACAACUGCAGCAUGACAACGACCAGUUGCAGAGCAAGUUGCAUGGAUUGGUAUCGGCUCGUCAAAUGGACAGACAGACACUGUCGACAUUAGAAAAACGAGUCGCGGACGAGCGAAGACAGAGGAACUCUUGCGAGGUUUCCCUGGCUUCGGAGAGAAGAGCUCGUCGAGCUGCUGAGGAAGCUCGUUCCGCGAUUCCACCGCCUCCACCUCCUCUAGUUCGACAGGAAUGCACCGACGCUUGCAAAACUCGCAGAGCUCAACUCGAGCAAGACGUGAAAAGCUUGCGCAGAGAACUCAAAGCGAAAGACGAAAGGUAUAUUUCUUAUGAGAAGGAAGCGACGCGAUGUAAGGAGAAUCACGGCGAAACGGAAAUCUUGCUCGGAGCGCUUAGCGCUUUGCAAGACAAAAAUUCUCAUCUAGAAAACAGCCUGAGUGCAGAGACUCGAAUUAAACUCGAUCUCUUUUCAGCCCUCGGGGAAGCGAAGCGUCAGCUCGAAAUCAAAGAGAGUAUGAUCAGAACACAGGACAAAGAUAUGGAGUGUCUGAAGGCGAAAAUAGCGCAAGAUUUAGCUGUUAUGCCACAAGACACAUUCGGACCAACUUCCACCAAUACGACGUCGAAGCUUCGUCUCGGAAAUGAUGCUCGCGUCGGAGCCAAGCUUCGUACAAAUGAAUGCACAGUUUCAAAUCUCGAUCCAAACGCGACAGUAUACACGCCCAAAAACUCGUUAAUAGCAUCAACAGAGGCUUGAAGGGUAAUUAAAAAAAAAAUUAAAAAAAAAAAAAGAGCCCCUCAAACUAUUUUCCGAAGCGGCGAUCUCAUUCGCUUUAAUUUGAAAAGAUCGCGAAAGUGCGCUUCUCCGCGAAUCCCAACAGACCAGACUAAAACCCGUAAUUUUUUUUUGAAGAGAAAUUCCCCGGUGAAUUUUUCACAAAGAGUGGCUUCAAAAUUGGAAAUUUUUUGCGGCUGUGGGUCGACCUGGCACAAUUCGUCAUUUUAUUGCUAGUUUUUGAUUAGGUUAUUUUUUGUCACGAGAAGUUUGGAAGUCGAAAGUAAUUUAAUUACUUUGGGAAAUCCUUAUCUUCUCUUUUUUUCUUUUUCUUUUUUUUUUUUUUUAAUUAUCUGAUCCUUACGUAAGACGUUAUAAAGAUAUUAUUUAUUCUUCUCGUUGAUAAUUUUAUCUGAACGAAAAAAAGACAAAACAAAACAAAACCAAAAAAAAAAAAAAAAGAAAGAAAACAAAUUUGG